GGCCAGGCUGGAAUUUGGACGUGGAUAGCGGGGAGCGGGCUGCCCCAGCGCUCAAAAAUGGGCCUGACCCACUCCUUCGCGGCCGACGAGGCUGAGAACAAUGCGCCGCAGCGGUCCUUCAGCGCCGGGCUCCUGCCCGAGGACCAGGCCGCACCCCUGCAAAAGAAGGCGAAGCUCGAGACCCUGCGAUGCGGCGCCGACGACGACCUGGUCCAGAAGUACGACGAGUUGCUCGAGACCUUUGAUGCCGAGCAGGCGCGCUUUUCGGAACGAUUAAGAGGUUUGGAGCGCCAGCACGAGGUUACUAUGUCUACAUUAGCUGCGGAACGAGAUUCAUUGCAAGCGCAGCUCCAGGCGAAGCAGGCGACGUUUGAUGAGCGACUCGCCGACUUGGAGGCUAAAUUGACCGCAUUAUUAAGGAUACGGCUCGAGGAGAAGCAUACGCGACUGUGUAAAGAGUAUGAUGAUGAAUUAGCUCGGUUGUUGGCCGAGAUCGCUUCAUUAGAGGAAGCCAUUGCCUCACUAAGAGGGCAGUACGAGGCUUUAGUUGCGAGGAUGGCCGAUAAGGAAAAACAACACGAGCGGGACGUGAUCCGCGCCAUCGACGAGACGACAAAGCAGCAGCACGUGAGCAGCCAGGAGCAGCUCGCUACCCUCCAAAAGACCAUUGAUGACGCGCUCGACGCUCUCAGAAGGCGCCGCGACGAGCUCAAGAAGCUGUUGAGUGAGGACGAGGCCUCGUAUAAACGCGAGUUAGAUGAGCUCAGGGCGGCUCAUAUGAAUGCGCUACGAUCCUUAGAAAUGGAGUUGCGGGCGUCGUUUGACGCCGCGCAGCAAGCUUCGGAGGGGGACCACGCGCGUGUCGCCUCGGCCAAGAAGAAAUUGGGCGACGAGGCCGAGCGGAUGCGCUUGGAGCGGGACGCCGCCGACGCUCGUUUGAAAGAGUUGGAAGAGAAGGCGCGCCUGGCGAAGCUACACUUGGAGGAGACGCGGGACCGCCAUUCUAGUGAAGAUGCGAAGCUGACUCAACGGUUAGAUGCGAGAGAGAAGGCUUUCAGGGAGUCGUGCGUCGACGAUCCCGAGGAAGAACUAGCACAUAAGAGCUCCGUGGCGGCCAAGGCCAAGGCCGCGCAUGACGCCGAGGCCGACAUUCAGAGGAGUAGACUCGAGGAGCUGAGAGCGAAGCUGGAAGCCAUCAAACAACAAAAGCAAAUGGAAGUAGACGCCUUGAAGGAGCAAGUUCGUAAGGCCGAGGCUACUAGAGUCAAAAACGAGGCCGACGCGGAAGAUGCUGUGCAAAAAAGAGCCAACGCGUACAAGCACGAGCUCCAGACGGCCACAAAUAUGGCGAGGCAGCACGCGGCGGAGCGCGAGGAGCAGAAGGCUUUGUGUAGUGUCGUCGAUAGUGGUGGGGGCGAGGCCUUCUCUAUCACUGGUAGUGGUGAUCUGGACGGGAGGUUAGCUACUUUACGGAGUGACGCUUGCGCGCUCAAAGCCGCCGUCGCGGAGCUGGAACGCACCCUAAAGGCCGAGUCCGACGCCCACGACGCGCGCUCUAAAGCAUUGCAGAACGCUCUGCGGAGGGCGGACGCCCAACUUAGUAAACUAAGGACAGGCAAGACGUCGGCGGCCGUCGGUCUGGGCACGUUCGACGACGCCACACAGGACGAGUGGCACGCCGUCGUGAAUGAGGGAAGGAGUCUGAUCAACGCCUGGGAGCACGACGGUGGCGGCGAGCCCGUAUCUGAAGAAAACGCACUGGGGCGGCGGUCUAGUACUGUGGCUCAAGCGAUAGGCGUUGUAUCACAGGAACUAGGAAGGGCGACGGGCGACCGCCAGGCCAAGCUCAAAGCUAGGCAUGACGAUUUAUCAAAGGAGGCGUCGAUCCUAGAGCGGCUGCAGAAGAACACCGUCACCUCGGCAUCGCAACCUGCAUUAACAAAUACGCGGUUGGAAGCUCUCAAGAUCGCCAAGGCCGUUGAAAUGAGAACCCAGGGCGCCAUGGAGGCCAUGAAGAGCGUCCAGGUGGAUGUGACUGAUUCAUUGGAGGCGAUCAACGCACAACUCCAGGGCGAGGUUUUUGUGGACCUGAGCUACCCGCCGACGGAGGUGCCUGGCAUCCGAACAGAGAAAGAUCAAAAACCAGCAGGAAGACUCGUCUACAAGCGCGCUUCGGACAUUUUCAGCGACCCUCGGGUCUUCAGAGACGACAUUCAUCCGGACGACGUGCGGCAAGGCCGUCUAGGCGACUGCUGGCUCAUGUGCGCGUUAUCGGCGUGCGCCGAGUUUCCUGGGUUAAUAAAGAAGCUGUUUCCGGAUGGUACGAAGCAUGCUCAUGGGUUAUAUAGAGUGAAGCUCUGUCUGGGCAGCACGUGGCGCACCAUAGUCGUAGACGACUUCUUCCCCUGCGACGCCCACGGCGGCCCCGUCUAUUCGAGAGCGAAGCAUGAAGAAUUGUGGGUUUUAUUACUAGAAAAAGCCCACGCCAAGGCCUCCGGGAAUUUCACGAGGCUGCGGGGCGGGCUCGCGGCCGAGGGGCUCAUGGACCUGACGGGGCUGCCGACCUUUCGUUUCAAGUUCACGCACGUCGACCACGUCCAAGAGGUCGAGUCCGGGGCGUUGUUUGAUCGCUUGGUGUACGCUGAUACCAAUAGAUGCGUCGCCGUCGCGUCGACGCCGGGCGAGGACCGGUUCUCUGAAAAUGGAUUAGCACCUUCCACGACGUCGGACGGCGGCCUCGUGCCGGGCCACGCCUACGCGCUGAUCGCGGCUCGUAACGUAGAUGGCCACCGAUUGAUCUGGCUGCGGAACCCCUGGUGGCGCUCCAGUGUCCUUUGUUUUGAGUCGCGUCGAUGGCGUCCCUCCCUUCGUCGUUCCCUCCCCGCCGUCGCCGCGGCGGUCCGUCACGCGUCGAUCGCGCAGGGGCAAGUUCGAGUGGACGGGCGCCUGGUCCGACGCCGACCCGCGCUGGACGCCGGAAUUCAAGCAGCAGGUCGCUUCGGAGCUCGGCGUCGACGCUGCCGAGAUCAUUAAGGAUGGCGACGGCGCGUUCUGGAUGUCCUACGAGGACUUCGUCAGGUACUUCGCCAAGUUUUCUGUAGCUCUGCAGCGGUCGCCGUCCCAAAAGGCCUGGGCCGAGGCGCGGUGCCGGGGGGCUGUUACGGUGGAGGAGCCGGCUCUGUGUUACUCGUUGAAAUUAACGAGGCCCGCUCAUGUCGUGGUUGGUGUGCAUCAAAGAGACGAGAGAACGUUAGGUGCGCCAUCAGAAUACGCCCAUGUGGGCUUUGCUAUUCUGAAAGAUGGCCAAUACGUCACGGGCUGUUCCCCAGCUGCCGAUCGCCAGCAAUUCUCGCCCGACAUCAAAGAAUUAAGUGAAUGGCCCGCCGGCGAGUACACGGUCUGCGCCUACUGUCUACAACAUUCAUUGCGAAAACCAAAAUCAAACUACUUCACGGAUUCCUGGCCGUCUUCCUAUGAUCCGGUCGCGUAUCGCACGACGACCGAUGAGAUAUUUUCGAGGUUCAACGUCUCCGGAUCCGGUGCAUUAAGUGUGGGCGAGGGCGGCGAGGCCGCCUCCUUGUUAAAUGCUUGUGGUCUCACGAAGAUCGCGGACAUCACGCAAUUGAUGGCCCACGCUGUUAAGAGAGACGGUCUCUCAGCAACUGACCUGGGCAACUGGCUCGCAGCGCACCCGACAUAUACGGAGAUCCUGAAAAAGUUAGGAUACGAGCACACGUCAAAAGGCUUGAUUUGCGUCGGGGCGCGGGGGAUCGGCGUCUCGGUCCACGCGGACGCCCCUGUCUCCCUGAAACCCAUCGCAUCCACACCAUCCAUCGUCAAGGCCGCCGAGGAGCUGCCCAUCCUAGAAACGGGCACGAUGGUCCCCUACGACGACUUGGAGGUCUACGCGUCGCGGCGGCUGUCGGGCGCGUCGGUCCUCGUGAAGAACGUCGGCUCGCAAAAAACGAAGGUCACCGUCGACGUGGCCAAGUCGCGCAACUGCCAGUCCCAUACCGGGGCCCUCGUCGCGUCGGCGUCCCUAAACCCGGGCGAGGCGCGGGUGCUCCACCACGUCUGCCCGGCGGGGCGGGGCGCGUGGGGGUUUGCCUACGAGCUGUCCUGGAAGGUGCUGGGGUAAGGUUUCUUUGCACAUCCCCCCACGCCGUCGCUGGGACACACACAGGAAAC